AUUUAGAAACUUAAAGACGAUAAGAAGAUGUGCUCCACAUUUCUCCCGCGAAUGGAUUUCCGCCAUAUGAAGAAAGAUCCAAAACCAUCGACAUUUUUGACUUCUUCUCCAAUUUCUCUCUUUACCUUCACUCCUUCAACUUCAACUUCAACUGUAUCUGAGAGAGCAGUUGCAGACUGUUCCAAUGGCGAUCACAACAGCCUAUUACCACCACUUCUCUCCCCCUCCUCUUAUAUUCUCCCCUUCCCGCAAUUUCCCAAUCAUCUCUCUUAACUCCCCUACCACAAGAAGAUUGAUCAAGCCGUUAAAAUCCCGCCAUUUUAGACCCGUCGUCGUUUACAGUGGAGGCGGCGAUGACAAUGGUGGCGGAAAUUCCGGCACUGGAGGCGGAGGUGGAGGUGGAGAUGACGGUGAUGAUGCUGGAGAGAGAAACAAGACAGAGGCUUUACUGGCCCUUUCGCAGGCUGGAAGGUUACUCGAAAGCCUUCCGAAAGACCUGGCUUUGGCGAUUGAGGCAGGCAAAAUUCCUGGAGCUAUUGUGAUCAGGUACUUUGAUCUUGAAAAAUCGGCUGUUUUCCGGUGGCUGCUUCAGUUUGGAGGGUUUAGGGAACGAUUACUAGCGGAUGAUCUGUUCUUGACUAAGGUUGCCAUAGAGUGUGGAGUUGGAAUCUUUACCAAGACUGCUGCUGAAUAUGAAAGACGCAGAGAAAACUUUACCAAGGAGCUUGAUUUCGUUUUCGCUGAUGUUAUCAUGGCCAUAAUAGCUGAUUUCAUGCUUGUCUGGCUUCCCGCUCCAACUGUUUCUCUUCGAGCACCACUUGCUAUUAGUGCUGGGCCAUUGGCUAAGUUCUUCUAUGGCUGCCCUGAGAAUGCAUUUCAGGUUGCUUUGGCUGGUACAUCUUAUUCAUUUUUGCAAAGAGUAGGGGCUAUAGUGCGAAACGGAGCCAAACUCUUUGCAGUUGGGACCAGUGCCUCUUUGGUUGGUACAGGCGCAACAAAUCUAUUAAUCAAUGCAAGGAAAGCCUUUGACAAGAAUUUUGCUGUUGAGGCAGAGGACGUGCCUAUCUUACCUACCAGCAUUGCAUAUGGUGUUUACAUGGCAGUUUCAAGCAAUCUUAGGUACCAAGUGUUAGCUGGAAUAAUUGAACAGCGAAUGUUGGAGCCACUAUUGCACCAACACAAGCUACUUCUGAGUGCAAUAUGCUUUGUUGUUCGAACUGGAAACACCUUUUUGGGAUCGCUUAUGUGGGUAGAUUAUGCUCGUUGGGUGGGGAUCCAAAAGAUAAGAGAAUGAUUAUGCCGUGUGAUCAUCGGUCUGGAGUGAGUAUUCCCGCUUUCUUCUCUGCAUCUCUAUUUAUCUACUUUUUCUAUUGAUUCUAUGUAUAAAGUCUUUGUAAAUUAGUAACAUUCAUUUACAUGCUGAUGAUAAAGGCAUGUUUGUAUCAAAUGUAUAUUUUUAUGGAGAAAGGUGAAGUUCUCUCU